AGUCGAACCUCCGCUCUAGAUUGUAAACCUCGCACUCUCCUUCGUUGGGGUGGUCAGAUAGUGUUGCGAUGGAGUUCGGUGGCGGAAAGAGAUCGCCUCCAAUUUCUCUGCAACAAUUCGUCUCCACAAUGGCGCCUCUUAUUGACAUGGAAAAGGAAGCUGAAAUAUCGGCAUCUAUGGACGUGAAUGCAACACGAAACAUAGAAAUAGCUCAGAAGAGAGGCUCGGCCCUUCUUAAUUUGAAAUGUUCAGAUGCUCAAACAGGGCUUAUGGGGAAAGUUCUUCUUGUGUUGCAACCAAAUAAGGGGGAUGUUCUUCCAGCUCACAAGUUUGGACCUCAUGAUGUGGUUGUUCUAAAGCCUAAUAAGGCAGAACUUGGUACCGCUUCACUUGGGCAAGGCGUUGUUUAUCGUCUAAAGGACUCUUCAAUUACUGUUGCCUUCGAUGAUAUUCCAGAAGAUGGUCUUAAUGCUCCCCUAUGUCUUGAAAGGGUAGGCAAUGAGGUCACUUUCCGCAGGAUGAAGGAUACUUUAAUACAACUAAGCAAGACUGUACAGAAGGGACCAGCUGCAGAUUUAAUACCUGUAUUAUUUGGAGAGAGACGGCCGACGGUGUCAAGAAAACCUGUCUCAUUUUCUCCUUUCAACUCAUACCUUGAUCAUUCACAGAAAAAUGCCAUUGUGAAGGCCUUGUCAUCACAAGAUAUAUUUCUGCUGCACGGACCUCCGGGAACUGGAAAGACGACAACUGUUGUUGAAAUAAUCUUACAAGAAGUGAAACGUGGGUCCAAAAUUCUUGCAUGUGCGGCUUCCAAUAUUGCUGUAGACAACAUCGUUGAACGACUUUUCCCUUAUAGAGUAAAGUUGGUGAGAUUGGGGCAUCCUGCAAGGUUACUUCCUCAAGUUCUGGAGAGUGCUCUUGAUGCACAGAUCUUGCGGGGAGAUCAUAGCGCUCUUGCAAAUGACAUUCGGAAAGAAAUGAAGGUUAUGAGUGGGAAGCUAUUGAAAACCAAAGAUAGGAACUUGAAAAGGGACAUCAGGAAAGAACUCAGGAGCCUUGCAAAAGAAGAGCGUAAACGGCAGCAACUAGCGGUAGUGGAUGUGUUGAAAAACUCUGAUGUGGUUCUGACAACUUUGACUGGGGCACUUUCUCAAAAAUUGGAGAGUACUACUUUUGAUUUAGUGAUUAUUGAUGAAGCUGCCCAGGCACUUGAGGUAGCCUGCUGGAUUGCUCUUUUAAAGGGUUCAAGAUGCAUACUUGCAGGCGACCACCUUCAACUUCCUCCAACAAUUCAGAGUGCUGAAGCUGAAAAAAAAGGAUUAGGAAGAACCCUUUUUGAGCGCCUGGCAGACCUAUAUGGAGAAGAAAUUACAGCCAUGCUCACCGUCCAAUACCGCAUGCACAAGCUAAUAAUGGAUUGGUCAUCUGCAGAGCUCUAUGACAGUAAGAUAGAAGCUCACCCAAGUGUUGCUGGCCAUAUGCUUUAUGAUCUAGACGAUGUGCAGAGGACAUCUUCAACUCAACCAACCCUCCUUUUGAUAGAUACUGCCGGAUGUGAUAUGGAAGAGAAAAAGGAUGAAGAAGACAGCACAUUGAAUGAAGGAGAGGCUGCAGUUGCCUUAGCCCAUGCAAGGAGACUAAUUGAGAGUGGUGUCCAUGCAUUGGAUAUCGGCAUUAUUACUCCUUACGCUGCGCAGGUUGUGUUAUUGAAGAUGAUGAGAAGCAAGGAAGACAAGCUGAAAGAUAUAGAGGUCUCUACUGUUGAUGGCUUCCAAGGUCGAGAGAAAGAAGCCAUUAUCAUAUCAAUGGUCCGAUCUAACUCACAUCAGGAGGUUGGUUUUCUGAGCGAUAGGAGGCGUAUGAACGUGGCUGUGACACGAGCACGUAGACAGUGUUGCAUAGUUUGUGACUCUGAGACGGUCAGCCACAAUGAUUUCUUGAAACGCCUUGUUGAAUACAUUGACGAGCAUGGUGAGUAUUUGAGUGCAUCAGAGUACUUGAAUGAAUGAAAGUAAUGCAUGAAUUAUGUCUAAGAAAAUAUAUUUAUAAAUAUUCAUUUUCCUAAGAUUUUUCUGCUUAGAAACAAGCAUCAUAUUGAGUUUUAUGAUCCUAUUUCCAUCUUACCUUAGUAUGUAUACAGAGAUAUGAAGAACGCUGAAUUUGA